AUGAAAUCAAACAAAAUUGAUCCAUCAGUUGUCGGCUUUCGUGAAGAUGUUCCACUAACAGAAUACGGCUUCGUAAAUGAAGGAGCUAGCAUCCCAGGAAGACAGACUCCAAUCGCCGGACAGAGAUUCAAAAAUAAAGCACGGAAAAUUGCAUCUGUUAAAGCCAUCACUCAGGCAAAGAUAUCCUCAACUAUCUGGCGAGAUAAAGCAACAAGACUUGUGAUGCGUCGUUCGAAGAGCAAGCGCUCGAAGCAACAGAAACCGUUUAAUGUCAUAGACACUAUAAAUGGACGGAAAAAUAUGCAGGCAACCCUCAGUGAUAUCGAAGAUGACGAAGAGAUGGAGCAAGAAGGAGUUAUAACUUAUGAAGAUGGUACACCCAAGCCACAAACCUCGUCAGCGAAGGCUCUAAAUCUUGACUCACAUAGCAAAGCACUUCUUCAUUAUUUUGCAAAGGUAAAGCUUGGAAUUUGCCCGAUAUAGAAAAUCCUAUGUUAAGUAGUCGUUUCACCCCAUGUUUGGCAGUGUCAAACUCAACACUAAUGUAAUACGACGACAAACGUGUUAUUUCACAUAGACUCAUAGUGAAGCAUUUGUUCAUUAUUUUACAAAGGUAAUGCUUGAGAUUCCUGGCUACUGACAUAGAGCAUCAUUUUAGCUCCGUUCAUAAGGGACUGGAUGAAUUUGGGACCGUAGUCACGUGAACACAUGGGACCGUACCCCGAAGUUCCGAACGGUUCUGGAUUCAUCCUUGUCUUGUGUGAAUUUGUCCUGUGUUGAUAAGUAUCAAGUAGUUAAGAACUCUCUUUUCGUCUUGUUUGGCUGUAUUCAACUUAAAUACAAUACUUUUUACUACCUGUGCCUCCAGAAAAUACUGAUAAAACGAAUUUUUUGUCAUUUAAACUGUGUGAGAACAUCCUUGGCUGAAAAGACUUCAAACUUCCUAACAUUCCCCUUGAAUAUUCAAGACUAUAAUAUGAAAGGACCAGACAUAUUGCGACACAAUUAAAGUUUCGUUUUAGAGUGGCACAAAAGAAGCAAAGUUUAUCACCUUCAUAAUUCAAUUAAACACACAUGUUUGCACUUUGUUUGUGCAGAUCAUGAAGGAGAAAUAUUUAGACAUAACAUGCACGAGUAAAUUUGGAAUAGAGUAGUAAAUUAGUAUCAAUUUCUAGUUAAUAAGCUGAUUUUUAGUUAUACGUGUAAAACGCAAUAAUCCUAACUAUUUCCGAAGGUUGCGGGUUCAGGCAACGAAGACGAAGUCAUUGACCUGGAAUUUGUUCAUUCUCUCAUCACCAACGGAGCUUCAGUGCAUACGACUGAUCGUCAUGGUCAGAGCGUCCUGCAUGAAGCUGCUAGAGACUGGGACCUAGGAAUUGCUGAAUUUUUAUUGGACAACGGUCAGUAUACUUAAUUUGUUUUCUUUUGUGGAAAUAUCACGUCUAUUCGGCAAUUCGUCGGUGGGAACACCUUGUCUGCCCAAAUUUGGAAAGUAAUCAGUCAAAGUUGUACAGUUUCAUUCGAUUUUGUACCUAGUCAUCUAUAUGCCUUCACCGUGGACUGAGAUGAUGAACGAGUACGUAACAGUCUCUACUCAUGAUCGGGCGUUCGCUUCCCUUGAUUUCCAUGUGUCUAUGGGUGCACUUAUUCCAAGAAGCCGGAUAUAAGCGCCGACCUACAGUAAUGAUCACUUAGGUAGUGAACAACAGUAGGAUUGAGCUUUAGCGCAUUCUGUUCCUUGAGUUGAAAAGAAACAUCAGAUCACUUUCUACAAUUCGUUCUGUCCAUUGUCGAAAUUUAGUCGUAUAGUCUUCAUCCACCGUCCUUUUCACGUAUUGCUGGUCAUUCUCUUUUGCUCUUCACUCCUUCUGACUUCCACUCAUGCAAUGCUGGAAUUUGUCAUAAUUUUCCAUUCCUAACACAUCUUCAACCAUGUCUUGGCGUUUCAGAGCGCUCUCGCACCUCGGCAUUCAUCACAUGUUCUUCCCUCGCCGUUCAUGAACCUGAUACUUAGGGUCUUUAUCUCCGAUCCUCCUCCCCUCCCUCGCCCACACCAGCUAGGAUGAUGUAGAUAGAGGUGGGGAUUAUAAGAAUGAAUGUGAAAUUACCAAACUUGCAAAUUGCGGAAUUCGAAGCCAGAAAGAGCGAACGACGUACGGCUCACAGUCUUUGGUUUCAUACGAUUGUGGUGUCACUGCCCACUGUCCUAUUACCUGUCAAUAUUUUUCUUGGUAUUGUACCCGUUCGUCGGUUAUAUAGAAGUUUAAUAUUGUCUUCUUGAACACUGCAGGCAUUGACGUAAACAUAGCAGAUAAAUACGGACGGACCCCUCUGCACGUGGCUGCCGCAGUGGACUACCCUGAAAUGGUUCAAUUCCUGAUCCUACGCGAUGCUUCCAUUGGAUCAAUAACGUACGGCGAAGAACAAACGCCUUUACAUUACGCGGCAAAGAAUGAUGCUACACAAUCACUCAAAAUGUUGUUGAAAUAUGGCGCAAAUAUGAAGGAUAGAGACUAUAAAGAAAGGACACCUUUACAGGUAUAAACUAAUUAGUAUAAUACUUAUAGUUCUGUCAGUUCAAAACUGUUCUUCCUAUAAAGGUCCAGUAAGAGUCAUCCUUUCUGGUUCCACUGUUUCUUUAACUAGGAGGAAAACCGUGGACUACAGUAAACUGAACUUGAAAUUAUGACCAGAAGCCGCUUGUACGAACACCAGAUAGCGCUAAUCCACCGUAUAGUGAUUCUUUCGACCGUUGUACAAUUGCUUGAAAAUCUUCAAAACUAGAAAAUAUGGACCCCGCAAUAAAUAAAAUGUCGCUUUUAUUUAUAAAUACUAAAGUUUCAUCUGGGUUAUACCAAUCAACGACCAAUUUUAGAAAUCACGAAAACAUCGCUAUCCGGUGGAUAUGGAGCUAUUCACCCUUCGUACAACCCAGGCAAGUACUUAUUACAGGGAUCACACUAGAGUGGCAAAUGUGAAAGACACACCACUGUUCCACAAAACUGCCCGAAUUUUAUUUGUACAAGGCAUCAUGAGUCGCAAGGGUCCUCUCAGAACCACCAACGAGACUAUCACAUACGAUUUACACUCGAGGCUAAAUAAAUUGUCAUAAUUGAUUACGCACACGCAUGGUUCUUGGUGUUCUAAUUGUCGCUCGAUUUACAGAUUGCUGCUGAGUUGGAUCGCUCAGAAACAGCUCGGAUGUUGGUAGAACAGGGAUCUCAUGCAGGAGUGAGGGAUAUCAAUGGAUUAUCUGCGCUUGUGCUGAUGAUAACCAAGAUGCCGUCAGUGGUAAGAAAUAUUAGAAAUCAAACAAUACUGACUCGUCAGCACCUAUUGUUUAAGAGAUGACAUUAUAUUAAAAGUUCAUAGGCGGAUUUUUUGGGGUGCAAUCGCUGCAUGGUGAGUCCCUGAAGCCGGAUACACCCUUCUGAAAGUGUUUCUGCCAGACGAGCCCAGAUUUACCCCUACUAAAGCUAUUAGUUGUUAUAUCUGAGAACAUGUUCACCGAGGACAGGUGAUGAUGUCAUCUGUCAUAACAAAUGAAAAUGUAUAUGUAUGUGAGAUAAAUGUAUAUGUAUGUGAGAUGAAUAAAAGGAAGCUCUUUUGCCCAGUUAAACUUUUUCAGUUAGUUCCAACGCUAAACCACGUAAUUACAAAUAGUUUCUUUCUUCAUUGGAAUAAGUGUUGCAACAACGUUCCAGGUUUGAGUUCCACCUUUAACAUACGACAAAUUAUUCUAUUUUAUUUGCUAGGCUAAAGAAGCACUCAACCAGUUCCAUUCUCUUGACCGAGCAAACAGAAAAGAGUACUACUUCUUAAAUUUCCUAGAACCCUUGGUUCCAAGAUGUCUGUCUUCAGGAGAUGCCAAAACCCCCCUGGAAGUCGUUGUUGAACAUAAACAGUUCGAUCUGAUCAUGCAUCCAGUAUUUCAACGGCUUAUCAAAGUCAAAUGGGAAUACUUUGGUCGGAGUGGGACCUGGAUCCAAAUGAUUAUGAAUGUAGGGUUUGUACUUGUGUGGACUGUACUUGCCAUCACGUUGCCUGGAAACGCCGCUGACCACUAUCUGCCUAUUUCCAAGAACUGGUGGCGACUAGGUAUCGAAGGAGUCGCGGUGGUUUUAACUCUUGUCGAAAUAUGCGUUGAGCUUAAAGAGUUUGCGAGAUCAAAAAAAGAGCACCAGAAGUGGUUGGAUUGGCGUGAACAACAACUCGACAGUGACCUGGAGUAUUGCCAUCCACGCUGGCCAGGAGAGGGUAAAUAUAUCAACCAAGAAAAGUCAUCACUACAUUCGCAAAACGUUUCUUACUUUCACGAUAAUUGGAAUUACUUUGAUUGGGUUACCUACGCUAUGAUCGGCGCCAGCAUUUUUACACACAUCGUAAAAGUGUCGGCAGGUAGCGUAACUACGGCGAAGAUUAACCGACGUUUCCUCGCCGCUACGAUUAUAUUCAUCUGGCUUCGUUUGAUGAAGACAGCUCGAGCGUUCACAUCCCUCGGUCCUUUCGUGGUCAUGUUAAGUCAUUUCGUGGGGGAUACUUUGAAAUUUGCGUUUUUGUAUCUUUUGUUUUACAUUCCGUUCAGCGUGGCGUUCUGGAUGAUUUUCGGCGCGGAACAAACGACAGCAGUAGACGGAUAUGGAACUAUAGAAGAACUACUGUUCAGUAUGCUACGGUUAACUGUAGUUGAUGAUUACAACUUUGAUGGCCUUAGCCAGGCAGAUCCAUUCAUGGCUAGAUUACUUUGCGCGUUGUACCUCAUUUUCUCUGCUAUAAUCUGCCUCAAUCUCUUCAUCGCUUUAAUGUCGGAUACUUUUCAACGUGUUUACGAUAACGCAAAAGCAAACGCGGUUAUGGAACAAGCUACGAUGAUUCUGAAUUUAGAGUCAAAACUUUCUGUUGGUAAGCGGAAAGCUUGCUCAGAUUUCAUCCAACAACGUUGUAAUCCUGAGGAACUUUACUACGAUGACGAUGCAGUGGAUGACAGUGAAGGAGAGCUCAAGAAAGUCACAUUCCAAGUGAAGGAACAACUAGAUGAUGUUCACGAGAUUCUCAAUGAAGUGCACACCGGUCAGUCGUUAAAAUCACGGUUCGAGUCCGAACUGGACGCCCUCAGACACACGGUCAGCGAACUUCAUAAUGAACAGCUCACUACUGUAGACAGAGUAGACAGGGAGGUUUCUGAAAUUAAGUUACUCCUCAGGCAGUUAGUGUCCGGGCAAGCUGCUGCGAAAUCCCGUCGGAGACGUUCGACUGCAAGCAAUGGCAGUACCGAAGGCUUGUCGACAAUCAACGAGACUGAAGCGACUGAUGAA